AUGGCUGGACUCGAUCCCGUCGCGAGGAAGAAGGUUCUUCGCGUAAUUGCCGUUUCUCUAUUGCUCGAUCUGAUCUCCUUCACCUUUAUCCUCCCGCUGUUCCCGAAGCUCCUCGAGUUCUACCGCGAUCGCGAAGGCGAGGAGCCCUCGCUCGACGACAAUGGCCCUCGGACGCUCCUCCAGACCGUCCUGUCCGGCCUCCACCGCUACAAGACCUCCUUUUCACGUCCGAUAGAAUCGCGAUAUGAUAUUGUGCUGCUGGGCGGUGCGCUGGGCUCCAUGUUCUCACUCCUUCAGGCUAUUGCCUCUCCCCUCAUCGGCGCACUCUCCGAUCGAUAUGGCCGUCGCAAGGCCCUCCUAGCCUCCAUGUGCGGCAACAUUCUCUCCGUCCUGCUCUGGGUCGCGGCCGUCGACUUCCGCACCUUCAUCGCGAGCCGCAUCGUGGGUGGUCUAUCCGAGGGCAACAUCCAACUGUCAACGGCUAUGGCGAGCGAUAUCUCGGACGAGUCCUCCCGCGGUGCUACCAUGGCUCUGAUUGGUGCCUGCUUCUCCAUUGCCUUCACCUUUGGCCCUGGACUCGGUGCAUGGCUGAGCACCUUCUCGACCUUCGCCGCGAACCCCUUUGCUACAGCGGCUGGUUUCAGUCUUGGCCUGAUUGUUGUCGAGACGGUGUAUCUCUACUUCUGUCUCCCUGAGACAUUGCCUGCUUUGACUGGCAUCAACGUCAAGGAGGGUGAGAAGAAGAAGCCGGCUCCCAAGGCCGUUGAACGCACCAACUCGCACUUCAUCCUGAACGCCGUGCACUUUGUCUUUCUCCUCUUCUUCUCCGGCAUGGAGAGCUCUCUGUCUUUCAUGACCUACGAGCUCUUCUCGUUUACUUCUGGCAAGAAUGGUCGGCUUCUGGGCUACGUCGGACUGGUCGCAUCAAUCCUCCAGGGCGGCGUAACGCGACGCCUUCCUCCUCUCCUUUGCAUCAAGAUCGGCACACUCGCCUGUCUCACGUCCUUUAUUCUUCUUGGCCAGAUUACGACGAUUGGUGGACUGUACUUGGCGGCUACAUGCCUCGCUAUGACCUCCGCGACCGUCGUCACUGGCCUCAAUGCGCUGAGCAGCUUUGAGGCUCACGAGGAUGAGCGUGGAAACAAGCUAGGUAUGCUUCGCAGCUGGGGCCAGCUCGGUCGUGGACUGGGACCUAUCCUAUUCACGAGUGUGUACUGGUGGGCAGGCCGAGAGGUUGCCUACGGUAUGGGUGCGACUGGUAUGGCGGUUGUUGUCGCGACCGUGUUUGCUGGUUUGAAGACACCCAAGGGCAUGGAGAAGUCGAAGGGGAAGAAGACGGGGGGCAAGGCGCAAUGA